AUGGGGAUUACGGAUGGGGACUUGGUACUCGGGGUUGACACGGUCUGGCACGACGACCUUGACCACCAUGCCUGUAUCCGUUGGAUCUGCCGUAAACCUGCAUUUCAAAGGGCGAUACAUGAUCCACCGGUUCCACUGCCGAACAUCGCCAAAGAUGGACUCCAGCAUGUAGGAGACGAUGAUGGCAACUGCAGCGCCCCGGUUCUCCUCGUCUUUGACCCCGAGCGGAUCCUCCGCCCCAAGCUCGACCUUUUCGCCUCCCUAGGCUUCGAGCCCCGCAAGCUCGCCUCCGAGCCUUUCCUCCUCGGACGCAGCCUCGACAAGCACCUCGUCCCCGCCAUCCAGUUCCUCCGCGGCAUCAUCGGCAGCGACGACAACCUCCGCCUCGCUUUCCACCGCGCCCCCCGCGCCCUCUCUGUGGACCUCAACAACAACAUGCGCCCCGCCGUGGAAGCCCUCCGCCGGGGCGGCCUCGGAGAGGCCGACAUUUCGAAGCUCCUCGUCAUCCACUUGGGCGUGCUCAUGUCGUCACCGUAUCGCAUCGGCGAAAUCUUCGAGGAACUCAAGGCGAUGGGCAUGUCCAUCUUGGACCCGCGCUUCCUCUACUGCUUCCGUGCGAUGUCCAGUCUGAAGAGGGAGUCAUGGCUGCGGAAACUGGCAUUUUACCAGAGCUUCGGGCUGUCAGAGGGUGAGGUGCUGGAGGCCUUCAAGAAGCAGCCCACGAUAUUCCUUUUCACCGAUGAGAGCAUAAACAAGAAGGUCCGGUUCCUGCUGGACGAGCUGAAGCUCGGAAUACGUGAUGUAAUUGCGCGGCCUGUGGUUCUAGCUUAUAGCUUGGAGAAGUGCAUCCUGCCGAGGUGCGCCGUGCUGAGUGUGUUGAUGAGGGAGGGGAGGAUUCAGAGAGAUAGUAUCAAGUUGCUUCAGGCUUUGCUUGGCAGUUCCGGGAAUUUCUCGACCAGGUUUGUACUGAGGCACGCUGAUGAUGUGCCAGAUGUUGUUAAGGCAUAUGAGGGUAAGAUCAGAUUUGAAGGAUUCAAAUAG